UGGUGUAUCUUAUUCAGAAUUGGGGUUAAUGGUGAGUGCUGCAGUAGCUUUUUUUGUAGUUGCUGGAGAAACUUGCCAAACUCAUGCCACAAUAUGGCAAUGUUCUAGUUUGUGGAGUUUAAAAGGGAGGCAAGUGGAACAUAAAGCACCUGUCAGUCAUCCCAGUGGAACAGCCGAAGCAGGGCAGGCACUGUUGACCCAAUUAUGCAGCGUUGCUCAUGUGGUGGGCCAGUGAAGGGGAGGAGCUUAGAGGGUGGGCUGAUCACUGCCAACAAACAACACUGAGCCCAUUGCCAGAAGGGAAGGUUUCUUCAGAUUUCUUCUGACACCUGUAGAUUAUUUUAAGGAGCUACUUGGAUCGUUCGAGCGCCACCUGACUGAAUGGCUGUCCAGCGGUGGAUGAAUUAAAAUGCAGUGUGUUCUGGAGAGAGUGUAUGUGUGCAGUGCAUGGACACUCUCAACAUGAAGACAUUGGUCUGUGUGUCGCAGCUGGCUGUGAUUCUGCUCUACGUUCCUCUUGUACAGGUUUUAACCAUUCUGGGCAAUUCCCACUCCAAAGUGAUGCUGUUCCCUGAGGCGUGGGGCCGCAGUCAGUGUCGUUCUCUGGAGCAGAUGGUGGAGGUGGAGCAGGAGUAUCCCGGAGGAGUCGAACACAUCUAUAAUCCCGGCUGUGUGCCGCUGCUGCGCUGCUCCGGAUGCUGCAACGAUGACAAACUGACCUGUUUCCCCGCCAGCACACACAACAUCAGCAUCCAGCUGUUGAGAAUCACCCCGGCGGAGAGGAGCAGAGAAUAUGUGCUGCUUUCCUUCCUGGAGCACCAGAGCUGUGAGUGCAGGCCCAGGCGACACCACCUGAGAAAUCAGCACAGGAGGAGGCGGAAGGGCAAACGCAGGAGGAGACGGAGAGGAAGGAUGAGGAUUGAGACACAGCCGGGAUAUGAUGAUCACUAUGGCAAAUAGGCACAGACUCCAUUCAUCACACAAGCACUUCUGGACUUUGGAUCAGGAUCAGGAUCAGCACAAAACCCGGCUUCUAGCGAUCAACACAUCUGUGUUUAUACUGACAGUACUGGAUCACAGAUUGUCUUUGAGAAACCAGUCAAUAACGCUGCUAAACUGAAGGAAACAGGCUUUAUCAGUGAGCAAAUGUGAAAUACCUCAGUGCUGCUAUACAAUUAACUCAACAGUCUGGGACAUUUACAAUAAAAUUAUAUAAACAACACUAUGUAUGUUCAUAUCCCCAUUAUGUGUCUUAAUGUAUUUUAUAAAACAAUAAACUCACAGUAUUUAAAGAAAUAAAACUAUUUGUUUUAUUUUGUUAGAAUGGAGUGAGUGAGUUUUCUGUGCAUGCAUGCAUUUAUUUACAAAAGAGGACUUUUAAGUCAUCUCUCAAAGUCUCCAGAUUAAAUUAAGGUCUUCUCUUCCCUCUGCGGUUGAACACACUGUUCUCGCUUCGCCCGACAGUCACGUGUCAUAUAUUUA